AUGAACGAAGACCGCCGCCGCGCCGCGCUGCGCCCACUGGCUCUCCCCAUGUUGGCCUCGCUGGUGCGUUGGUCACGCACGACCUACCGCGGUGCGCGCGGCUCCGGCGCAGGUCGCAGCGGAAAAACAGAUGCUCGCUCGUCGCAGGCAUCGCGGCCGACGGAUGUCGUCGCCGCGCACGCCGGACGCACCUUCAAGCGUGCUCAGCGUGGUUUGUACGAUGGCCGCAUCCUGCAGUACGGCAACAGCAUCCCGAACUCCCGACACAAGACGGGUCGGCGCUGGGUGCCUAAUAUCCAGCGCAAGGCACUCUGGAGCGAGACGCUCCAGGAGUGGGUGCGCACGCGCGUCGCCACUUCGGCGAUGCGUUCCAUUGAAAAGCACGGCGGACUCGAUCAGUACCUCGCGCGGACCAAAGACACACAUCUCGGCGAUUUCGGACGCAGUCUGCGCGAGCGCGUUGCCCGCGCCCUGCGCGAAAAGCGGCUGGCAAGCUCCUAG